AUGACUGUAACGCAAUACGAAAAUCGGUUUACAGAAUUGUCGCGCUACGCUUCCGAGAUAAUCGUUAACGAGGCGAUUAAGAUGAGGCGAUUUUCAGCAGGGUUAAGGAGCGGCAUACACUCAAAGAUAUGUUAUGCCAGCAUCAAGACAUAUAUCGAGCUCGUUGAGAUAUCGAUACGGGCGGAGCAGGAUGAGGAGCGUGUCACACGGACCCGUUCACAGUUAAGGCCACGAAACAGGAUGGAGGGACCGUUCUCUUCUUUUGCAGGAAAAAGGUCGCGCCCUAACUCUCCGCCCCGAUUGGCCGCCACACCGGCCUCUUCUACACGACCUGCCCAGACAUGUAGCUACUGUAAGAGGGUGGGUCACUCUGAGCCUUAUUGUUUUCCCAGGAUGAGGGACCUCAGCUUCACGCUGCCACAGCGCAACAAUAGGCCCCCACAGCAGGCUCGGGUUCAUGCCUUAGCGGCCGAGGGCCAAGAUGCAGUUAUCCCCACUCUUACAGCCUUUGAGGUGACGGCUUACAUACAAGGUACUCCCAUAUUUCUAUUAGUGGACACCGGGUCCACAGCUUCUCUCAUAUCACAUGCCACCUUCAAGCAUCUAGGACUACGCUCUACUCCAUUCGUUGGAGUAAAGAUCAUUGCCACUGCCGGUACUGUCUCAGAAGCAACGAAGAUAUGUCGGGAUUGCCCCAUUGACUUGGGAUGCAAGGUGACGAUUGUGGAUUUAAUAGUGACCAAGAUCUUUCAUUAUGACGUCAUCUUGGGUAUAGACUGGUUGGCCAUGAUGAAGCCGGAUAUCGACUGUGACACUCUGACCGUGAAAAUAUACGAAGACGACGGCACUUCCCUCACAUUCUCAGUCCAGAUAGACUUCACGAUCGAUCUGGUUCCGGGUGCCAAGCCCAUCUCCUUGCCUACUUACCGCAUGCCCCCAAGUGAGAUGGAAGAACUGCGGUCUCAAAUCGACAAUUUGCUAAAGUCAGGCUUCAUCCGACCCAACAUAUCACCAUGGGGAGCCCCGAUCUUAUUUGUGAGGAAGAAGGAUGGCUCAUUACGUCUAUGUGUAGAUUACAGGAGAUUGAACCAAGUGACGGUUCGGAACAAAUACCCGUUGCCCAGAAUUGACGAUUUAUUCAACCAGUUGAGGAGUGCUCAAUAUUUCUCAAAGAUCGAUCUACAAUCAGGGUACCAUCAGCUGCGAGUUAGGGACAAUGAUAUACAAAAAACGGCCUUCAAUAACUGUUUUAACAAUUAUGAGUUCCUAGUUAUGUCGUUCAGGCUCACCAAUGCCCCAGCGGUAUUCAUGGACCUCAUGAACAGAAUCUUUAGGCCAUUCUUAUACAGAUUCGUCACCGUGUUCAUCGACGACAUAUUGAUUUAUUCAAAAGGCCAUGAAGAGCAUAGAGAACAUUUAAGGGCAGUCUUCGAGACCCUAGAGAAAAAUUAA